AUGCAAAGAACACAAAAUGAAACAAAUUUAUAUGUUAAAUAUAUUAAGAAGUCUGUGACACAACAAAAAUUACAAGAAGUUUUUGAAAAAUAUGGACAUACUUUAUCUGUUAAAUUAAGUUCUAACGAAAAGAAUGAAUCAAAUGGAUUUGGUUAUGUAAAGUACUGUACUGUUGAAGAGUGCCAAGCAGCUGUUGAUGCUAGAGAUGAAAUUGCUAAAGAAAUAGGUGAUGAGGGAUUUCUCAUUGCCAAAUUCUGUAAACAACCUAAAAAUCUUAAAACCAAUUUAUAUAUUGGAAAUAUUGACAAAACUGUUACUGAAGAACAAUUCCUUAAAUACUUUGAAACAUUUGGACCAAUUAAGUGUGGGGCUGAUGGAAAGAAAUUCUACAGAUUCUUAUAUGAUGAAAAAUAUGAAAAGAAUAAAGGGUUUGUAAAUUUUGAAAAUACUGAAGAUGCUCAAAAGGCUGUUACUGCUCCAAGACAUUGUGUUCUUGGAGAUAGUGAUAUUCUUGUUACUUAUUAUAAAACAAAAAAAGAAAGAAAACAAGAAUUUAAACAACAUGCUAGUGAAGUUAAGAUGAAUGCAACUGGUAAAUAUAAAGAAUACAAUUUCCAUGUCAAAACGGAUAAAGCUGGAAUUACUGAAGAAGAAAUAAGAAAUGCUUUACAGGAUUGUGGUGGAAUUUAUUCUAUCAAAAUUAAAUAUGUUAAUUCUGAACCAACUGAUGUUGUUUACAUAUGUUUUGAUAAUGGACAGUCCGCACAUCAAUUUAUUCAAAAAGCUCAAAUUCUUGGAUGGACUGCUAAUCCAUUUAAGACUAAACAAGAAAGAAGUAGUGCUAAUAACUAUUACAACGGUACUGGUAUUCCUGGUUUCCCAGUUAAUUUCCUUCAAUACUUCCAAUUAUUCCCAUCUGUUUUUAACACAUCUAUAAACAGACAACCAAAACCAGGAAACAAACAACCAAGAAAUGUCAGUGCCUCUCAAAAUGCUAAAAAGAAGUCCAAGGUUGACAAUAAUAUUAAAAAACAACCAAAGUCUAUCGAAAAAGCACCAAUAGUCACAGAAGAGAUGAAGAAUGAUCUUGGUGAUCAAUUAUAUGAUUUCAUUUUAAGUAUUGAAAAUUAUGAUGAAGAACUUACUGGAAGAAUUACUGGUGUUCUUCUUGAGUCUAUUGAAUAUAGCGAAUUAAAUAACAUGCUUAAAAACAAAAUUGAAGAGCUUAAGAAUGUUAUUAAAGAAGUUCACGAAAAUCUCCAAAAGAUUAAUAAAUAA